AAUAGUAAAUAUAUAUUUUUGUGAAACUACUGAUGUUGGUAAACUUAUUUCUUAAUUCUUUUAUUUAGUUGUAUUGAAAUUAUUUACAAAAUGUUAGCGGUAUACUUAUGCUUAAUUAGUGUCUUAACCCCAUUUGUGUCUUCGAAAAUUUCUCUACUAUCCUUUGGAGGAAAAACAUAUUUGAAUGGCCAGUAUAUAGUAGAAGCACCCGAUAAUGGCAAUAUACAAGAUGGAAUUGUGAAUGGCUAUACCCAAAAAUUGAAAUUAAACAUUAUAAAAUCAUUGACGCUUCCUGAAAGAUUAAUUUUAGUAGAUCAAUUAAAAAAAUCGAAUGAUAUAUUAUCUCAACGGGAGGCGGAAAAUGUGAAAAGAUUAGAGGACCGUGAAAAUGAAUUGGAUAAAUUGUUUAAAGGAGAAGAACAGCAACAACUCAAAAACUUAACAAACGACGAAGUCCCACAAGAAGCUAUAAGCCAUGGAAAAUUUGAAGAAAUGCCGGGACGAAAUAAAAUUACAGAGGUUAAGGGUGUCGAAGAUAACUCACGAAUGAUGCGGUACACUGUGUAGCAAAACGACGAAAGUGCCCAUUAUGAUAGUUAAUAGUAAAAUAAUUAGGAUAAUAAUGAAUGAAGAUUCAUAUCUAAUAUUAAGUUAUAACUGUCAAUUUUGUAUGAUAUAUGUAUAUAUAUAUAUAUAUUUCAUCAGAAAAUAGAAUACCUAUUAUUAUUAUUUUUAUUAUAUUAAACGAUUAUUAUUGGAAGUCGUGACAGGUAAGCUUUACUUAUCAGUUUAUUUUUUAAUAUUUCAAAAUAAUAAACUAUUUGUACCUAUA